GUGUUGGGAGAAGUGGCCACCUCUCCGUCCGCCUUGCAGGCAAAAGGGUGCCGGGCCGGCCCCUAUCCCGGGAGGAACUCUUCUUCGGCCGGCCCAACGUUGGCUCAAGGCUACGCAGAGAUGUCGACAUACAAGCGGGCGACGCUAGACGAGGAGGAGCUGGUGGACUCCAUGGAGGGAGAGGCCUACCCCAACGGGAUCCAGGUGAAUUUCCGUGGAUCGGGGAGCCGCAAGAACUGCUGGGCGGAGCGGACUCCUUUCGAGAGGGGCCUCCUCGUGCUGACGGCGGUCCUGGCGGUCGGCCUCCUGGCCUGUGCCUCGGUGCUGCUCUUCCAGUGGCGUUCCAGGCCGUGCCUGACAGAAGCCUGCAUCUCCGUGACCAGCUCCAUCCUGAGCUCGCUGGACCGGGCGGUGGACCCCUGCGAGGACUUCUUCAGCUACGCCUGUGGCGGCUGGAUCAAGGCCAACCCCAUCCCAGACGGCCACUCCCGCUGGGGCACGUUCAACAAGCUCUGGGAGCACAACCAGGCCAUCCUCAAGCACCUUCUGGAGAACGCCACAGCGGCCUCGUCCAGUGAGGCUGAACGCAAAGUGCAGCGCUACUACCAGGCCUGCAUGAACGAGAGCAGAAUCGAGGAGCUGAAGGCCACGCCCCUGGUGGACCGGAUCCAGAAGCUGGGGGGCUGGAAUAUCACCGGCCCCUGGGACGAGGACAGCUUCAACCAGACGCUGCUGGCGCUGGCCACCCACCACCACAUCGCACCCUUCUUCUCCAUCUACGUGAGUGCCGACUCCAAGAACUCCAGCAGCAACAUCAUCCAGGUUGACCAGUCCGGACUGGGGCUGCCUUCCCGGGACUACUAUCUCAACAAGACGCAGAACGAGAAGGUGCUGACGGGGUACCUCGACUUCAUGGUCCAGCUGGGCUUGCUGCUGGGAGGCCGGGACGAGGCCUCGGUCCGCCAGCAGAUGCAGCAGGUGCUGGACUUUGAGACGGCGCUGGCGAACAUCACCGCCCCCCAGGAGAAGCGCCGGGACGAGGAGCUGAUCUACCACAAAAUGACCGUCGGCGACCUCCAGGGCCUGGCUCCGGCCGUGGACUGGCUGCCCCUCAUCAGCGCUGUCUUCUCCCCGGUGGAGAUCACCGAACGGGAGCCGGUGGUCGUCUACGCCAAAGAAUACCUGGAGCAAGUCUCCUCGCUCAUCCUCCACACGGACAAGUGCCUUUUGCACACCUACAUGGUCAUGAACCUGGUGAGGAAAACCUCCUCCUUCCUGGACCAGCGUUUCCAAGACGCAGAGGAGAAGUUCAUGGAGGUCAUGUACGGGAGCAAGAAGAGCUGCGUGCCGCGCUGGAAGUACUGCAUCAGCGACACAGACAUCAACCUCGGCUUUGCCCUGGGCGCCCUCUUCGUGAAAGCCACCUUUGCCGAAGAAAGCAAGGCCAUAGCUGAAGAAAUGAUUGCGGAGAUCAAGACGGCCUUUGAGGAGAGCCUGGAGGGUCUCCAGUGGAUGGAUGAAGAGACGCGGAGGUCGGCCAGGGCCAAGGCUGACGCCAUCUACAACAUGAUCGGGUACCCCAAGUUCAUCAUGGACCCCAAGGAGCUGGACAAAGUGUUCAGCGAUUACGACGCGGCUCCCGACCGCUACUAUGAGAACGUGAUGCAGUUCUUCAACUUCUCCGCCCGCGUCACCGCCGACCAGCUCCGGAAGCCCCCGAACCGUGACCAGUGGAGCAUGACCCCGCCGACAGUCAACGCCUACUACUCCCCCACCAAGAACGAGAUCGUCUUCCCCGCCGGGAUCCUGCAGACGCCCUUCUACACCCGGAGUGCCCCCAAGGCACUCAACUUUGGCGGACUUGGUGUGGUGGUCGGCCACGAACUGACUCACGCGUUUGACGAUCAAGGCCGGGAGUACGACAAAGACGGGAACCUCCGGCCCUGGUGGAAGAACGCCUCCGUGGAGGCCUUCAAGCAGCAGACGGGCUGCAUGGUGGAGCAGUACGGCAACUACACGGUCAACGGCGAGGCCGUCAACGGCAAGCACACCCUGGGGGAGAACAUCGCCGACAACGGGGGGCUCAAAGCCGCCUACCGGGCCUAUCAGAACUGGGUGCAGAAGAACGGAGGGGAGGAGACGCUGCCGGCACUGGGCCUGACCAACCCCCAGCUGUUCUUUGUGGGAUUUGCCCAGGUCUGGUGUUCCGUCCGCACCCCGGAGAGCUCCCACGAAGGUCUCGUGACGGAUCCGCACAGCCCGUCCCGUUUCCGCGUCAUCGGCACCGUCUCCAAUUCCAAAGAGUUCUCGGAGCACUUCCAGUGCCGGCCCGGGGCGCCCAUGAACCCCCUGCGCAAGUGUGAGGUCUGGUGAACGUCCUCCUGACGGCGGCGGAGAAAAGGGGAGCAGCAGACGACCAGCAGAACUGACGCUGGCUUGCUGGGGCGCCUCUCUCUCUCUCUCUCGAGGAGCGAGCCGUGACCCCUGGAGCCCCGUCUGGCCAGGAGGUCCCCUUCCUGCUCCAUGCUCUGCCCUCCACGGGAUCUCUGGCCUGGGCUCCAAAGCGCCACCUGACUGGAUCCACUGUGAAAAUGUUCCGAACUGCUGCGAUGUUUUCCUCUCCCCCACCGACCCCUUGUAUCUUUUACCUUUUUACCUUUGCUGAGAGUGCCUGUUCCGAUAUGCACUGAGUGACUUCCACACUUUCUGUAUGCAGGGAAACCGAGCUCUUACCUAGCGCAGGCUUGGAAACUCUUCUGUCCACUUCAAAGGGAGAACCGCCCCAACAAAGAACCACCCGGAGAGAAGGAACCUCCCCAGCCACCCCGAACGGAGUCCAGCCUUGCCAUCGACACACACCACAGAACGUGCUGUAAGAGAGACGGGGGAGACAUUUUUAAAAAAACGUUUUGUGGAACACUGGAAAUUUCAGGGAAAACAUAGCGAAGUGGUUUUUUUAAUAUAUAAAGCAAACAGAUUGGUAUAUUUAUUGAUCUUCUGUGUGUGACUGUAGGUAGAGCGCAUUUCCCUUCGAUGCAAGCAAUGGCGGGGAGACCUUGUUGCCCAGCCCCGUUCCUGCUUUUCUAAAUGGAAGAGCUCCAGUCCCUUCAGAGUUUCCUCUUUGGGAAGAGGACUUGCUGACAGGUGGCUUGUUGUGCCUGGAUUUCGAGCACAGCUCUCCUCCUCCUCCUCCUCCUCCUUUUUUUUUCAUGCACAUUCUCCCUUCGGUCAGCAGCGUUCUGGGACUCCGCAGUUCUCCCUUUUGCUGUCGCCGUGGCUUCCCACAGAAUCCCUGGAGCUCGGCCGGCCUGCUUAGCCUCGCCUGCGAUCCUCUUUCCAAAACUGCCCUACACUUCAGCCUUCUACCGGCUCAGCCACAAUCUCGCUUCUAGUCCUCAGUGGGAAACGACCCAGCAACCUCCCUGCUCCCUUCGUGGGGACUGUGGCCACUUGCUCCUCCUCCUCCUCUUCCUCAGCCCACUUUGCCUUAAGCCUCCUCUGAGGUCCCUGCCAGGAGGACAAACCGCUGUGUAGCAGCUGACCGUCGACAUCAGCCUGUCUCAAACUUGAGGGUCAACCUGGCUGUUCACUCCAUCUCCCACUACAGAGAGCGGAUUACUCUCCCCGGAGCGGAAUUCUGCAGAUUUCGGGGGAGCAGAGCUUGGGUUGGGUCCCUUAUGGAGCAGGCAGCCGAACACUGAGACACCCAACUUCCCUCGACUGGCACUGGAGCUGUUGUUGGCCAGAAAGGGACACGCCCCGGUGGUGUCCCAGAAGGUCUCUUCCAAGUACCUCCCGGCUUCUUGGCUCACUUCUCUGGCCACCGAGUCAGGGAUCCUUUUUUAAAGCCAGGUGCAGACUGGCGCUAGCAGCACGGCAGGCAGGCAGGAGCCCAUCUGGCCCUUGAUGCCAAGUGCUGAGUCCGCUCCGCUCACCUGCCUUAAAAAGGUGGGGGUGGCAGUUGAAGGGGUAGUGAGUCAGGAUGGGCCCCACAUCUGGGCUUUUCCCACUGGCCUCGCCUCCCUGCAGACAAACUCUUCUGGCUCUUGGCACCCUCUGACGCUCAGCAGCGCUCUCAGGCGCCGAGAAGUUCUCUGUUCAAGAAGGAAGCUCUCUGCUCCAAAAGGCUCGACUUCCCAAGCCGCCGGAGUUCUGCUGCAAUGUGGAAUCCAUUUCAGGAUCUGCUCCAAGCACUUGCAAAUAACUUCCUCCAGCUCUUCUUCUUUGGAUUGGCAAUACCCUCGUCUCCUUCGCCAGCUUCCACACAGCAGAACGGGGGCCGGAUGUGUGGGAACCCUCCCUGAACUUGGCCUGGGCAGCUCUGUCCGGCAGCAAGGGCAGAUCUGCUGUGCUCCUUUUUGCUUAAUCUUUGCUAGAAAGGCUCUUCCUCUUGGAGGAGGCGGCGGCGGCAGCAGCAGCGCUGUGGAGUUAUGGACAGGAGCUACUCGCCUCUCCCCCUUUGCUAGAAAUGGGAGGUCUCCGUUCCAAAGAGUUAGCAAGGCCACCGUGGUUUCUCUUCCAUGGCUCUGGCUUAGCCUGGCAUUUUGGGGUUUUGUGUCCUGCCAUAUUCACUCAAUGUGUUAGGUUCUCGUGGAUGUUCUCUUUGUCUGGCAGGCCUCUCGCAUGGAGAUAAGGGAAACUGAUCCACUUGGAUGCAGACUGCUAAAUCUGGAGGGCUGUGGAGCACACCCACACCCACACACCCCCCUACACCAAAACUCUCCUGUGGAAGCCGCUCUUUGCUGAUUCAGCAUCACCACUGAGGCUGGCCCGGGGUGUGUUCGGAGAGCCCCCAGACAUCUGGUCCAGAGUUGGCGCAGCCAGAGUUCAGCCAUAUUCUCCCAGCCACUCCCUCUUGGUCUUGAGGCGGGCUGGGGGGCGGAUCGGCAAGGUGGUUGCACAUUGCACAAAGCGUGUGUGUUUGUGUGUGUGUGCUGCGCUGAGCACAAGUGAGAACCGUCCCAGUGCCUUAAUAUUGCCACAGCCCCCCCGCGCUCCCAAUUCUGGUUCUGCCAAAAAGGGACCCUGAGACAGAUGGUUAAAAAGGUGGAAGGGGAAGUAGGCGGCACUUCAAGGGGUGAGAUCUUGGCAGCUGAGGAGGGGGGCUUCCUGCGCUGUCCAGGCCCCGCGGCCCCGCUUCCCCUCAUCCUGGGGCUUUCUCCGACUCCUUUCUCGCUGGGGAGCUGCGCUGGCAGGUGCUGGGGGGGAGGAAUCUUUGCCGCCUCGUUAUCGGGAGAAGCACCGAGCACCUGCUGAACGGCCUCGAAGGGCCCCCUGCAGCACCUUGUGCACGGGUGGCGUCCUUGGCGAGACAGAGGCCCCGGCCUCUGCCCAGGCCCCCGAGGGCCACUGCUGGGCUUGUCCCUGGGAGGCUGCUUCCCGCCCCUCUCUCCCCGCUUCUGUCCCUUCGCGUUUCCGCCUCCUCCUGUUCCUCCUGCGCGGAGGAACAAAUUGGUUCCAUCUGUGCCAUCUGCUUGUGGUAACUGGACCCAAGAAGGCCGUGUGCUGAGCGGUUCAAGAUGUGUGGCGGAGGUUUCAAGGGGGCCCGGACGUCUUUGGGAUCGAGUGUGUGUGUGUGUGUAAUCAUCUAGGGUUCCCCCUUCCCCACUAGAGAGAAGCCACACCAGCUGCCCCCCCCCACCAUGUCUGGCACUUGGGGCCCCCGCAGGGACUAAGCUUGGCAUCUGACAAAGUUUGGGGCCACCUGGAAAGGGAGCCACUAGGAAGAGCCUCAUUUUGCACCAGGAAAGGGCCGUCUCCUUUCAGACGAAGGGAGGUUCUGUGGGGAAGAGUGUUGUAUUUAUGUGGGGAGGCUCUGUUUGUGUUCCUUUCAUCGCCCCUCGUUGGGGGGAUUCUUGUAUUUUGGAAUAAAAAGCGUUUUAAGUUUUAAA